CAUGCCGGGUUACUAUCUUCGCGAGGGUUAUGGCACGGGCGCGAACAAGUGGAUCCUUUUUAUGGAGGGCGGUGGGUGGUGCUUCAAUCCGAAGCAAUGCGCCAACCGCGCAAAGACGGACCUUGGGAGCUCCGUCAACUGGCCGUCCGUCAGCAACGUGCACUUCGGCGGAGUCGCAAGCCCCGACGCGGGGAUUAACCCCCAGUUCUACAACUGGAAUGUGGUGCUUGUCAAGUACUGCGACGGCAGCUCCUUCACGGGCGGUUCGGGCAAGAAGAACAAGACGGAGGAGACCGGCAAGACGCUCUACUAUAGGGGACACUGGAACUUAAACGGCGUGCUUCAAGAUCUGCUGGACACUCAAAAUCUGAACCACGGGGAGGAGGUGCUGGUGGGGGGCUGCAGCGCGGGCGCGGUGGCCGUGUCGAUCAAGUGCGACCAGAUCGCCACGUGGCUCAAGGAUUACGGCAUCAAGACCAAGUGCUUUAUGGAUGGAGGUUUCUUCCCAGACGUGGUGGAUGUGAACGGCGAGCGGUCGCUGCGGGAGAAGGUGCAGCGGCUGGCAACACUGCAUGACAUCGACCGGAUUGGGAUCAACGGCGACUGCAAGGAUGGUGAGUUCAGAAAAUUCACCAUGGCAUGGAUGAUUGUCUGUUAUGGUGGUGAGUGUUCAAUUUUUCCUCCCCUUCCUCACACUCUCACUGUCAAUGUUACUGACUUUUCCUUAUCGCUUUUCUUCUCGCCUUGA